AUGAAUCAAAAUGAAUCAAUAAGAUCGGUUAUUAGGUCACUGGCACUUGCAAUCAGCAGCUCUGAAGCUUCUGAAAUGAUUUAUAAACAUAGAAAUAACGCUCGGAGAAUAGCAAGAAUCCCGUUUGCUAUUCACACCAAAAAGCAGUAUUCAUGCUUCAAAGUGCUGACAAUCGUUGACUGUGAUAUUCUAAUGCUGGUUGAGGAUGAUAAAUGUAAAACAGAAGAAACUGAAUGCAAAUACAUAUGGAUAGAGAUUGAAUUAAACUACAACUACUUCACAUACACCGAGGUACUUGAAAAGCUGCUUCCUGCUGGUGUCCAAGUGCCUUCGUCAUUUGAGAUAGUGGGAAACAUUGCACACCUGAACUUAGAUGAACAGCAGAUGAACCAUAGACAUACAAUUGGAAAAGUCAUUCAUGAAAAGACUGGAAUGACAGUGAUAACCAAAAUUGGAAACAUAUCAAACGAGUUCAGGUCUUUUGAUCUUGAAGUCAUAGGAGGAGAACCCAAUCUACAAACUGUACACAGGGAAGGAGGAGUUCUAUUUUGCAUUGACUACAAGAAUGUUUAUUGGUGCUCUAAGCUGCAGAAUGAAAGGCUCGAGAUACUGAAGAUGUUUAUGCCUGGAGAGACUGUUUGUGAUCUUUUCUGUGGGGUUGGACCAGUAUCUUUGAGGGCGCUUAAGAACGGAUGUAAGGUAUAUGCAAAUGAUCUGAAUCCACAUGCUAUUGAAUGCAUGAAUGCAUCAAUAAAAACCAAUAAACUCAACAGUAGCAAUAUUGAGGUAUUCAACCUUAGUGCUGAUGAGUUUCUGAGUGUAGUUGAAGGAAGAAAGGUUGAUCACUUUUUCUUGAAUCUUCCUGAGCAUAGUCUGGAAUACCUUAAACGAAUUAGUACAUGGAACACUAGUGCUCUUGUACAUUGCUACUUCUUCAGUAGAAACGACGAGGAUGUUGAAAAAUAUAUUUUCAAGACGAUUGGCCUACAAAUAUCAAAAGAUUUGCUGAGGAUUGUAAGAAAGGUAUCUCCAUCAAAAAGCAUGUACAAGCUUGAAGUUUCAUGUGAGAUUUUGCGAGCUGGAUUUACAGAUUGA